GGGCUUGUUUUUCUAGUCGCUCGCCGCGAAUUUACGAAGGCUUCCAGGGAGAGGGUUUCCUUGAUGUGCUGGAGGGAGGGAGGAGCAACACACGCCUGCCGGAUCUCACAACUGCUGCAGCGGCGGCUUUUGUUUAUUUGGGGUCACUUGCGAUUUUUAAAUGCACUACAAGUAAGGCGCUUUCCGUCUGAAGAUCGAGGCCCGUCUCAGAGCCAGCUCCCGAGGAAGCACCGUUUUUUUUCGUACAGGCUUUGGGUUUUAUCCUGAUAUAGGAGGAAUGGUAGUUUCUGCUCUUCAGGGCCUCAAACCAAGAAGUUGAAGAGAAUCCUACGUGAACACACGGAAUCUCUUCUGCUGUCCGUGUGCAUCUAGAGACUCCUUUAUUUCACCAUCUCUUGGGAGGAUAUAUCUAGUAUAGCCAUUAUGAAUGUGACGAGCUUAUUUUCCUUCACAAGUCCAGCUGUGAAGAGACUGCUUGGAUGGAAACAGGGUGAUGAAGAAGAAAAGUGGGCAGAGAAAGCUGUCGAUGCCUUGGUGAAAAAACUGAAGAAAAAGAAAGGCGCCAUGGAGGAACUGGAAAAGGCCUUGAGCUGCCCAGGGCAGCCCAGUAACUGUGUCACUAUCCCCCGCUCCCUGGAUGGCAGGCUGCAGGUUUCCCACCGCAAGGGCCUGCCUCACGUCAUUUACUGCCGUGUGUGGCGCUGGCCCGAUCUGCAGAGCCACCAUGAACUGAAGCCACUGGAAUGCUGUGAGUUCCCUUUUGGUUCCAAGCAGAAGGAAGUCUGCAUCAAUCCCUACCACUAUAAGCGAGUAGAAAGCCCUGUUCUUCCUCCAGUGCUGGUUCCUAGACACAGCGAAUACAAUCCUCAGCACAGCCUCUUAGCCCAGUUCCGAAACUUGGGACAAAACGAGCCUCACAUGCCACUCAACGCCACUUUUCCGGAUUCUUUCCAGCAACCCAACAGCCACCCGUUUCCUCAUUCUCCCAACAGCAGUUACCCCAACUCCCCCGGAAGCAGCAGCAGCACCUAUCCUCACUCGCCCACCAGCUCAGACCCAGGGAGCCCUUUCCAGAUGCCAGCUGAUACACCCCCACCCGCUUACCUGCCUCCUGAAGACCCCAUGACCCAGGACGGCUCUCAGCCAAUGGACACAAAUAUGAUGGCGCCUUCACUGCCUUCAGAAAUCAACAGAGGAGAUGUUCAGGCGGUUGCUUAUGAGGAGCCAAAACACUGGUGCUCUAUUGUCUACUAUGAGCUCAACAAUCGCGUGGGCGAAGCGUUCCAUGCCUCCUCCACGAGCGUGUUGGUGGACGGUUUCACCGAUCCUUCCAACAACAAGAACCGCUUUUGCCUUGGGCUGCUGUCCAACGUUAACCGGAAUUCCACUAUUGAAAACACCAGGCGGCACAUUGGAAAAGGAGUUCACCUCUAUUAUGUCGGAGGGGAGGUAUAUGCCGAGUGCCUCAGUGACAGUAGCAUUUUUGUGCAAAGUCGGAACUGCAACUACCAUCAUGGAUUUCAUCCCACGACGGUUUGCAAGAUCCCUAGUGGGUGUAGUUUGAAAAUUUUUAACAACCAAGAAUUUGCUCAGUUAUUGGCACAGUCGGUGAACCAUGGUUUCGAGACGGUCUAUGAGCUCACAAAAAUGUGUACCAUACGCAUGAGCUUCGUGAAGGGCUGGGGAGCAGAAUACCACCGCCAGGAUGUUACUAGCACCCCCUGCUGGAUUGAGAUACAUUUGCACGGCCCCCUGCAGUGGCUGGAUAAAGUUCUCACUCAGAUGGGUUCGCCUCAUAAUCCUAUUUCAUCUGUGUCUUAAACGGCCUCGGGCUUCUGCCUCUUGAAAACUAUUGAGCCUUGCAUGUACUUGAAGGAUGGAUGGGUCAGACCCAGUUGAGAACUUACAAAGGAGCCUUGAUAAUACUUGACCUCUGUGACCAACCGUUGGAUUCAGAAAUUUAAAAAACAAAAACAAAAACAAAACAGAAACAAACAGACAAGAACCCUUGGUAAUAUGCUGUCAAUAUCAAGAAGCUGUUUAGUUUACAUUUUAACAUUCUAUUGAAAAAUCAACUAAAAUGCAGACUUUUAGCAGGACUUAAUGGAUAGUUAAAGGAGAGAUGGCCAAGCCAAGGACAAAUAAUCUAUUAGGAAAACGGUCCUAAGAGAUUCUUUCGUGCUUGUUGGCACUUUAAGGUCAUUGUGUGACAGAAGUUUAGCAUUCAUAGUCACCAGUCUUUCUGAGUGUGUUUUUAUCAGGUGUAGAGCCCAUAUUAAGUCGUCUUUACAUGGGUUUUCGUAAUAUUUUAAAACCAUUUGUUUAGUAAUGGUUCUUGUUUUUUAAGUAAAGGUUAAUCAUGAUGAUAUACAUAGUAAUCUUUCUAAAGUUGUAUGCUGACCGUACUGCUGUCAGAAUAAUGUUAGGCAUAUGCUCUUUGCUAAAUACGUAUGUACAGAACAUUUGAAAGUUAAGAAUUGAUUAGGCUAGUGGAUUUAGGGAUAUCAAGGGGGGGAGGGAAAUGACAACUGCAAAUGUAGAAUAUACUGUAAAAAUUCAGUUUGUUGCCUUAAAGAAACAAACUGGUAUCUGAAUUUUGCCGUGUUGCAAUUUUUUAGAGAUUUUAUCUUACUUUUUUUUUUCAUUCUUUUAUCCCAUCCUCUCCAAAAAGCAGUUAUGCAGCUGAUUAAUUCACAUAACUGUGAGAGCAAACGAAUAGUUCCUGCUAUUCAAAAUCAAUUCUGAAACUGAUUGCCUAUAUGUUUCAAUUCCAAUCAUAUGGAGUGCUGGGAUUUACUAAGCAGUUUUUAUGGAGUUUACAGUACAGAAAUAGACUUUAAUUUUCAAGUGAAUUGUUGGCCAAGCCUAGUAACUCUGUUAAAUAUUUGGAGGAUUUAAAGAACAUCCCUGUGUAAAUCCAUCUCAAACUUUUUAAAUUUUUUUGUACUAUGUUUGGUUUUAUUUUUCCUCUGUUAAUCUUUUAUAUUCACUUACACACUCAUACACUGAGUACUUUUAUUCCAAAACUAGCGGGUUUUCUCUACUGGAAAUUUUAAAUAAACCUGUCAUUAUUGCUUA